CUGUCUUUUAUCUUGAGACUUUUUUGCCGGUUGUUCACCAUGUCAUACACCAAAAAAUAUACUUUUGCUCCUCUUCCUCAAACUAACCGCGGUGAAGCUGUCAAGUUGAGUGCUGACCCAAAGGGCAAGACGUUCCUGUAUACCAACGGAAAGUCUGUCUUCAUCCGUGACAUUGAGAAUCCUGCCCUUGCCACGGAAUAUGCCGAGCAUACUGCACGAGUGACCGUAGCGCGGUACUCUCCCAGUGGAUUUUACAUCGCCUCUGGAGAUAUCAACGGCAACAUCCGUAUCUGGGAUACUGUCAAUGAGGAACACAUCUUGAAAAGCACCAUUCAGCCCAUCUCGGGCAGAAUCUCGGACCUUGCUUGGGAUUCCGAAAGCAAGCGCAUCAUUGCCGUUGGUGAAGGCAAGGAACGUUUCGGACACGCUUUCAUGUUUGAUUCUUUAUCUUCUACGGGCGAAAUUACCGGUCAUUCCAAAGUGGUGAAUCAUGUCAGUAUUCGCCAACAACGUCCUUUCCGUGCCGUGACAUGCGCCGACGACAUGUCCGUUGUCUUUUACCAUGGCGUGCCUUUCAAAUAUCAAAAGACGAUCAGAGAUCAUACUCGUUUCGUGAAUGCCGUGGAAUUUUCACCCAACGGCGAUUACUUUGUCAGCGUUGGUGCAGAUGGAAAGAUCUUUUUGUACGACGGUAAAACCGGCGAUAAAAUUGACGAAUUCACCGAAGGAGGACACACUGGCAGUAUCUUUUCGGUCGCAUGGUCUCCUGACAGUACGCAAUUUUUGACAUCUGCUGCUGAUUGCACGGCAAAAAUCUGGGACGUGUCUUCGAAAUCGGUUGUCCAGACUUUUACCAUGAACUCCGCACCCAAUGCCGUGGACAAUCAGCAAGUCGGCAACUUGUGGCAGGGCGAUCACUUGUUAAGUGUAUCGCUUUCAGGCGAGAUCAACUAUUUGGACAAGAACAGCGGCACGAUCUCGCGAUCGAUCGACGGACAUACGAAAGCCAUUACUGCUCUUGCCGUGUCAUCCGAUGACACACUGUUUACCGGUUCCUACGAUGGACGUGUAUAUGCUUGGAAUUACGGCAGUGCCGGGGACAAAACGAUGGCUGUGCAUAUGGAAGGAGACGGCCAUUCAAAUCAAGUCACUUCGAUCGCAAUCAAAAACAAUACCUUGAUUUCUGCAGGCAUGGACGAUACUGUGCGUCAAGGUGCCACAACCGAUAAAAAGUACAAUGGCAAGAUUGUUACCACCGGAAGCCUGCCUCGUUCGUUGGCCACCAGCGCUGACAAUUCGAUCACAGUGGUAGCCACCGGUGACAAUAUGCAAGUGUAUGACGCUGACAUGAAGAAGAUUGGUCAAGAAGAUACCGCCAGCUCUGUUGUUGAUGUUCAGUCCAAUGGCAAACGUGUAUUUACAAGUGAUGGGCAAAACAACAUUCGCGUAUUGGACAAUGACAACGGCAAGCUUACGUUGAACAAGGAAAUUGUGCAUGGUGCGGGCAAUGUUACUGUGCUGGCGAGCCAUCCGGAACUGAAUAUUCUCGCAGUCGGUGACAAUGGUGGUCGUAUCUACUUGUACGACGUCGAGAGCGGCGAAACCGUCAAUCAAAAGUGGGUAUUCCAUUCUGGUCGUAUCACUGCUCUUGACUGGUCAACAUGUGGCUGUUUCCUGGUUAGCAGUAGCGUCGAUACCAAUAUCUAUGUGUGGAACAAAGACAAGCCCUUCAAGAAGGUCGCUAUCAAGAAUGCCCAUGUGGAUGUUGUGAAUAGUGUGAGAUUCUUACACAAAACAGAGCAACUCACAAUCGCCAGUGUGGGUCAAGAUGCCGCUGUCCGCAUUUGGGAGAUACAAAAGCCUGAAUAGAAAAUUGGAUCACAAAAUAAACCAAUUUUUGCUUUCUUGGUGUCUUUGGACCUCUUUGAAACGGUCGAGAGCCUCGAGAUCAUGAAAUGUU